ACCUUAGGGGUGAUGUAAUGCUUCUGUAAAUAGAAUGUAUUGUAAUCCUGCCUCAGUCCAACGUGGUUCCUCUCAACUCAGUGCCGCUUGUCCGCUCCACUUGUUAGGUUUGUAAUGGAGAUGAAUGAUGAACAGGACCGGCCCUAUGGAUGCAGCACUCCUGGCUGCUCACAGCGGUUCCAAACAGAAGACCACCUGAUGAUCCACAGACACAAGCAUGAGAUGACCCUCAAGUUCUCCUCCAUCAAGACUGAUCCCCUCGCAGACCAGACCCCAACGCCGACCCGUUUCCUGCGUAACUGUGAGGAGGUGGGUCUCUUCAAUGAGAUCGAACAGGAGUUCCGCCAGGCACAGGAGGAGCAGAACAACAAACAGACCAGUCCCUGGGCCCCUCUCCUCCCUACUGCACCUGAGGAACAACAGACAGAGACAGCCCCUGGCUGCCUCCAUGCCUGGCACCCUGCCAGACCCAGACAUGCAGGGAGCAUCUGCCCAGCACAUGUCUAUGGAAAGACAGAUGUCUAUGGGAUCCAGUAUGAUGAGCGUCCAAGGUCCCCUCCACAACACUUCCUGCUCUUCACCUCAGAGGGCAAAAACUAUGGGUCACCCCCACCAACACCAUCACCAACACCAACACCCCGGGGCUGUCGCCAACAGCAACAUGGAUCCCACCAUAGGUCACAUGAUGGAGAUGAUGUCACCGCGGCAACGACACACUCACCUGCAGCAGCAGCAGCCUCAUCAGCACCUGCAACAGGCUCCGCCCAUCUCCUACCAGCAGCACUGCCACGCCUCUCCACAUCACCUGGGAAGCGCCCACAGCCAGGGGCACCAAUCAGGGAAUGUGCUGCAUCAUGUCCACCAAUCACCUCCCUCGCACCUGCAGGCCAGCCACACCCACCAAACCUCCCCUCACCUGCCCCUCCACUCCAUAGCUGUUCAGUCAUCCCAGCAGACACAUUCCCUGCAUGCAGGCCAGGCGGCUGGAGGACGUCGCAGGAGGUCUGUGGACCAGGACCCAGACGAGCGCAGGCAGAAGUUCCUGGAACGCAACCGAGCUGCGGCCACGCGAUGCAGACAGAAGAGGAAGGUCUGGGUGUCUGCUCUGGAGAAGAAGGCAGAGGAGCUGACACACAACAACAUGCAGCUGCAGAAUGAGGUGACCACUCUGAGGUCAGAGGUUGGUCAGCUGAAGCAGAUCCUGUUGACUCAUAAAGACUGUCUGGUUACCGCCCGCCAGAGAGAAUCACAGGGGUACCUCAGUCCAGGGAGUUCGACAGGAAGUCCGUCCCCCAUGUGUCCCGGGUUGCAGCGGCAGGCCAUCCAAUCCAACAGCAUCUCCACCUCCUCAGCCUCCUCAGAUUAAAAAUGAAAGCAUGGAUGGCUGAAUUUCAUUAGUUCACAAGAGUUGGAUCCAGGGUUGCCCAUGCACACAAACACGGUUUAAUCCCUGGAUCCAGGGUUGCCCAUGCACACAAACACGGUUUAAUCCCUGGAUCCAGGGUUGCCCAUGCACACAAACAGGGUUUAACCCCUGGUUCCAAGGGGUUGAAUCAGCUCUAGAAUCAGCUCACCCUUCCCAUAAUCAUUGGUGGGUGCAUCUCAGUAGUCUACAAUGGCUCCCUCUCCUGGUCUCCUAGCCUCAAUGGACACAGGUAUGACAGAACUGGACUGACUGGUCUGGUUGCACAUUCACAGUGACUUUCACGAAACUCCCGAAAUCCCGGUUGGCUCCUGAUUUCUGUAAAACCUGUGAAUUUUGGUGAAGUUACAGAAAUGUUGCAACCCUAGUCUAUGUCUCUCCAACACUGUGAUGAUAGUCACCUGUAAAUUGGAUCAUAUUGUGUCUUUGGGAAUCUCAGUCAAUCUAUGUGUCUCUGUUAGUGUGAAAUCAGAAAUCCAAGUACUGCUCUAUCUAUUCUAGGACUGUUCCAACCUGGGCUGUGUGUGCAAGCAUACCUGUAAUUAUGUCCUUUAGGUUCAAGUAGUGACUGCAUACAGUUUUGUUUAUGGUCCCACAUGGGAGUUAACCCCACAACCCUGGCAUUGCAAGCACAAUGCUGUACCAACUGAGCCACACGGGCCUUCAUCGCGUCACCCUUUUCUCAGAAUGUGACAUAGUUAGAUCUUGGUUAGGUCUUGGUUAGGUUUUGGUUAGGUCUUGGUUAGGUCUUGGUUAGGUCUUGGUUAGGUCUUGGUUAGGUUUUGGUUAGGUCUUGGUUAGGUCUUGGUUAGGUCUUGGUUAGGUCUUGGUUAGGUCUUGGUUAGGUCUUGGUUAGGUCUUGGUUAGGUCUUGGUUAGGUCUUGUAACUUACGCCACCACCAGGACCAGACCAUGAAAGACUCUCGGACAUAAAGCCUGUAACUAGGGCCCAGAGUCGUGGGUAUGCUACAGUAUGUGUGUGUGGUUGCAUAUGCAACCCAGGUCUCUCUGAAAUGCAGAACGUGAAUGAAAACUAAUACAAAUGUACACUUUAUGCAAAUCUAUAUCAAGAUCUGUGAAUAGAAUGUCCUUGUUUUGUAACGAUGUAAUGCAGAGCCUCCUUGUAAUGAUGUAAUGCAGAGCCUCCUUGUAACAAUGUAAUGCAGAACCUCCUUGUAACGAUGUAAUGCAGAGCCUCCUUGUAACAAUGUAAUGCAGAGCCUCCUUGUAACGAUGUUAUGCAGAGCCUCCUUGUAACGAUGUAAUGCA